CCCCGGGGACAGAAGUGCCGCGCUAUGGCGGCACCUUGGUGGCGGGAUGUCCGCGGUCUGUUUUCCUUGCUGCGGUCCCAGCCUGUGUACCGGUAUUUGCAAAAUGAGGUCCCACGAGAUGUGCUGCUCUUCCAAAAUGAACGGGGUCGCUUCUUUGCCACCCUUGGACUAUUCUGCGCCGGCCAGGGCAUCUUUUGGACCUCUCUGGCUGUUGCAGCCUUGUCCCGACCUGUUAUCCAAGGUCCUGCGGAGGCCCCCAACCAGGGCAACGCCGACCUGCGCUCUGCACUCUGGCGCUACGGGCUAGCUGUUGGUUGCGGCACGAUGGGAACCUUGGUCCUGGGUGCUGGUCUUCUCUACUCUCUCCGAUCUGUGCGUUCAGUCAUGCUCCUUGCAGGCGGGCAGCAAGUGACACUCACCACUUAUGCCCCCUUUGGCUUGGGGACCCGUUUCACAGUUCCCUUGAACCAGGUUUCCUGCAUGGCCCACAGAGGUGAAGUUCCUGCCAUGUUGCCUCUGAAAAUUAAAGGCCGACGCUUCUACUUCCUUUUGGACAAAACUGGACACUUUCCCAACACUCAACUCUUUGACAACACUGUGGGUGCCUACCGGAGCCUGUGAAAAGUGGCGUACCCUCUCAGAUGAGGAUGCAAACCCUCUAGAUGAGACAACCAACCCAGGGCAAUGAAAAGGCACCCGGGAUUCACUACUAGCCAAUAAAUCUGUCUUCUAAAGGGCCCGAUAAACCAUCA